GACGUAUGGCGGCAGUUUUAUUCCGAGGCGAUCCUGUCCCGGAGGGGACCACUGGCGAAAGUAUGGCUGGCGGCACACAUGGAGCGGAAGCUGUCCAAGACACAAACAUUACAAACAGAUAUAGAGCAGUCAGUUGACGCUAUAGUCGGACAGGAGGUUGAAGUCAUGGCCCUCCGUCUCAGCGGUCAAUUACUCCUUGGUGUCGUUCGAAUCUACAGCCGCAAAGCCAAAUACCUUCUGGAUGACUGUAAUGAAGCACUCCUGAAAAUCAAGAUGGCAUUCCGUCCCGGUGUGGUCGAUAUGACAGAGGAUCAACUGGUCGUGAACCGGAAUGCGAUUACUUUGCAAACAAAUGCCCUGGACUUAGACGCAUUGUUACCUGAUGUUAAUUGGGAUAUUGACUUUCAGCAGCGGCCGAUUCAGCCUGCAGGGCAGCAUAUAGCUCGCUCCGCGGACAUUACCCUUGCCGCCGCAGAUGACUUUCAAUUCAACUUCGAUGGACCCGGCUUCGAUGAUCUGGACCCACAAGCCAUUGGUUCACAAGAUUUUGAAGAGCUGGAGCUAGAUCUCGAUUUCGGUGACGGUGUGAUGGGCGUGCGAGGCCGAUCUGUUGCUCGAGCGUCGUCGGAAGGGGCCGAGAGCAUGGAAAUAGAAUAUGGCCGUGACGCUGCUCCGCCACGACAUCCGCGCGAGUCGCUCGGUUCGCACCUCAUGGGCAGGCACGGUGCUGAGGAAAUGGACGUCGAUGCACCAUCCUAUAGGAGUAGAGAGCUAUCGUUGCAUCCCUUCGAUGACGACGAUCUUGGCCUCCUGGGCGGGGAGGACAUCAAUUUAGAAGACCUUGCAAUUGGCUUUGACGUUCCGCCGCCUGAGCUGGAGCAGGUGCCUGCGCUGUCACCAUCUCGUGCAUGUACGUCUCACUUACCAGCAUCACCGCUCACGGAACCGCCCAAGACACCCCCUGCAGACGUCGAACUCGCACCACAAGUCGAGGCAGAGGCGGCCAAGGUCCAGCGGAAACCGCGCGUCCAGAGACAAAUCUUCGACGAGCGGAUCGAGCUCGAGGGAGGCCCUGGAUCGCAAGCAGCGCGCCGGCGGGGUGCAGAACUCGGUUUUCAACGACCUGACGUGAGCGGCAUCACCACUGAGCACGGCUUUCUGCCGCGCUCGUCGCUCCUCAUGCGCCUCCUCGAGAUCCGCGAUGAUCCCGUAGCGCACUUCCUUCCGAUACGGAACACGCCUGCCGGCACAUUUUUCUGCGCAGCACCGCCGGGCAUGGCGCCCGAACUGCAAGACCUGUUUAUGCGUCCUCUCCAGGCCCUCUCGGGCCCGAAGCGCAGAGGCUCACCCGAGGCACCGCGCGGCGAGAAGCCGCCAAGCAAGCGGCCGCGGCUCGAAGGUGCACCCGCCCCGGGGGACGACGAAGAGCCCGAGCAGGGGCGACGCGACGCGUCCGUCGCGCCCUCUGCCGCCCUCGGCAGCGACAUCCUCGGCGGGCGCGUGCCCAGCGAUCGGGGCGACCUCGACUUCGGCGACCAGUCCGGGCUCGCGGGCGAGGACUUUGAGAUGCAGGUGCCCGAGUUCGUCGCCGCGGCAGACGAGACGCUCGAGCGCGCGCGGAGCGUGCUGAGCGAGCUGAGCCGGCUGUCGUCGCCCGCGCCGACGGACGCGCCGCUGGACGAGGGCGGCGAGGGCGCGCGCGCGUUCGCGGACGCGGCGUGCCCGAUCGCGACGUUCGACGACCGGAGCGCGCAGGGCCAGGAGCAGGCGGACCGCGCCGAGGACGGGCGCGGGUACAGCAAGAACACGAUCAAGGCGCUGCGCCUCGUGCGUCAGGAGCUGCAGCCCGAGCCGCGCGCGCGCGAGGAGAAGGUCGUGAGCUUCAACGCGAUGGCGCAGGGCGCGAGCCGCCGCGCGGCGUCGGCAUUCUUCUUCGAGCUGCUCGUGCUCGGGACGCGGGACUGCGUGAGGCUCGCGCAGGAGGCGUCGUACGCGAACAUCGAGGCACGCGCCGGGGACAAGCUCUGGGAGCGCCAGAGACAUACGUCUGCGGUGCCGUCCGUCUCGUCUGCCCUCCGCCCGGCUGGCUCAUCGCAGCGCGAACCGUCUCUCGCACCGUCCGCCGCUUCCGACCUGUAGAUCAGCCGCUCGCAGGUAUCUUAUAACGAUUUAUGUCCAUUGGUUUGCCCGCUUUCAACCAUCGCGUUUCUCAUCUUUCGUUAUCGUCUUCCCGGAUUGAUUUGUCGCUUGCUAUCGUGUAUUGUUGCCAUCUAGGUAACCGUGUUUCUUGUAUAACUUACAGAACAACUCAAUCUAGAUAUGACUGAACUGCGUACAGGUACAUGAGGUUUUGGGCUACCCAGCUACUGUCAGAAUGAUUCCGAGGUACGACUUGUGAGUAGAUAGAGAGUCCGAGAUAAAAGUGCAGUUAAAGUGGCCGGCUAGAAAGGACAGGGUAGGGUGUAGUACAAGGAAAAGUAGAGACACAGUAUGAGCGCGGGUUGGAUACAAAACCAGAGUCCGUCAAGAUUUAGAUUGCAGAUGCUAGAAAUAUGGGUGGAGAUGGGACAAGGCCAUAUUCAGCUCUUGGGUGUGAAGACGUGCAAGGAGUUGAUCUCCCAAUAGGCGUCUUCGAACGCAUCAGGGCUGUUCCUCACAACUGUACGUGCAACGUUAGCAUCC